AUGUCAUCUAUCGCAUUCUUCGGCGCCACCGGCGGAAGCACGAUCUCGUGUCUGGCUCCCGCAUUGCAAGCCGGCUAUCACUGUACUGCCUUGGCUCGCUCCCAAUCUAAGCUUAUCGAAUGCCUACAGCAGCGCGGCAUAUCCGAAUCUAUCAUCAAAGACCAUCUUUCCGUGACCGAGGGCACAAUCACAGACUUGGAUGCCGUCAAGAGAACCAUCCAACCAGGCGGCAGUGGUAGCCCCAUGAUAGACAUUAUCGUCUCUGGCAUUGGGGGUAAGCUGCUCUUCGACAGCCCGCUGAAACCCACACUAGACAACCCAACUGUCUGCCAGGAUGCAGUCCGCACCAUUCUAGAAGCCACACGGGAAGCGGAAUUACCAGACAGUGCUCAGAAACCAACCUUGAUUGUGCUUAGCACCACGGGCAUCAGUGAUAUAUGCCGGGAUCUGCCUUACGCUAUGAUGCCCAUGUACUAUUGGAUGCUCAAGAUGCCACACGAGGAUAAGAAGGUUAUGGAGGCGCUGAUUCGGGAGGAGAUGAAUAAGGCUGUUGAGAAGCGUGGUGUCGGCGAGUAUAUUAUUGUCCGACCUAGUUUGUUGACUGAGGGCGAGGGGGAUGGGCUGGAAAAGAUUAAGGCUGGGGUUGAGGAUAAGCCGGCUGUGGGCUAUGUGAUUGCGAGGGAGGAUGUGGGGAGGUGGGUUUUUGAGAGGUUGGUUAAGGGGGGUAAGGAGAGUCGGAGUGGGUGGUUGGGGAGGGUUGUUAGUAUUACUACUUGA